GCCUGGCGUCGAUCCGACUCCCACCGCAAGGCUGACCCGAUCGCAGACCGCUCGACUCGACGACGAGCACGUCGCGACAGGGUUUCACCCUCUUCUCUCGAUCUCUCGCGCAAACGCACCUCUCUCGGCCGCAGCCCCAUCUAAUCUCGCGCACUCUGUCUCCUUACCUUCGUACGACUGGUCUCCAGACUGCUCCGUCAGGGUUCCAUUGUAAAACAGGGUUAAAGGCCGUAACUUCUCCACCCGGCAGCUAUGUUCGAGGGUCGGCACGCCGCGGACCGGUAUCAUUUGCGCCUCCACCGCGCCCGUUCCGUGGUCCUGACGCCCGAUGAGCUGGUCGAGAUCCGCGCGGCGCAGCGCACCUUUGAGGGCGCCUACAUCCGCACGGCGCUCGGGCAGUUUUCGUUUGCGCUAGUAGUGCUCAAGAUCUUCACGGCAGAGUUCUAUUCUAUUGGGGCGCUGUUUGCCGUGUACGGCGCGGGAGUCUUGUUUACCAGCCUGCUGCGGCGGCGGCACGGCAACAGGCAGUUCUUCUCGGAGAUGGGCGAGGAUGGGCUGCACCGGCGAAAGUUCAGGACCAGCGGGAACAUGGUGAUGGCGCUGACUGCGCUAAGCGUGGCAGCGUAUGCAUCGCUGUUGGUGCUGACGCUGAGGCUAUCGUCGUAACCUGUGGGAGAGUGGGAUGGAGGGGAGCCACGGAGCUGAGGUCGAGCACACCUAUGGAACGGGCGUGUGCGUGGAUGAUUGGCCGUGGCUGCUUUCGGAGUUGCACAGGCCCGGAUUGCGUGAAAUGGAGAGAUGAGAUUACUGGCAGCCCCGUUUGUGUGCAGGCUGAACAUACGACGCGGCGGCAGAUAAAUUCUUUACGCGCGCGCUGCCCCCCCGAGCGACGCGACACACACAUCGCUACCACUAGUCUCCAAUCUGCAGC